AUGAGUUCCGAACUCUACCAGCUGACAGCCACAGAAGUGGCAAAGAGAAUCCAGCAAGGAGAAGUUACAGUAGAAGAAUACGCAAAGUCGCUGUUGAAGCGCAUCGAGGCACGGGACAAGGCCGUCAAAGCAUGGGCGUAUCUCAAUCCCGAGUACGUGAUUGAGCAGGCAAAAGCACUAGAUGCUGUCCCAAAAGCUGAGCGCGGCCCGUUGCACGGCGUUGCAAUUGCUGUAAAGGAUGUGAUUUACACAAAAGAUAUGCCGACACAAUUCAAUUCACCAAUUUACACCAACGAUGCACCAAAAGUAGAUGCCGGAUCCAUUGCUAUACUGCGCAAAUCCGGUGCGCUUAUAUUCGGAAAGACGACAACGACUGAAUUUGCUGCAACAACCAUAGGCCCCAAGACGUGCAACCCGCACGACUCGAAUCGCACGCCUGGUGGCUCUUCAUCAGGGUCUGGGGCUGCGGUGGGCGACUUCCAAGCACCUAUCGGUUUAGGUACACAAACGGGCGGCAGCACUAUCCGGCCCGGUUCGUACAAUGGAAUCUAUGCUCUGAAGCCUACGUGGAAUUCAAUCACGCGCGAAGGACAGAAGAUUUACUCGCUAAUACUCGACACACUUGGCCUCUAUGCUCGUAGUGUAGCGGACCUAGAGCUGCUCGCUGAUACUUUUGCUAUCCACGAUGACGCCCCAGUCCCAUCGGAUUUCACUGUCAAAGGAGCAAAGUUUGCGAUUCUCAAAACCAUGGUUUGGCCACAAGUAGGACCGGGUACUGUUGCUGCGCUCGACAAAGCCGUUUCUCUACUACGCGCGCAUGGAGCUGAAGUAGAGGAUAUUACACUGCCGGAGCACCUCAAUGAUCUCCCAUCAUGGCAUGCGACAGUGCUGAACUCGGAUGGCCGGACAGCGUUUUUGCCUGAAUACACAGUGGCCAAGGACAAGAUUUCAGAGCAGUUAGUAGGACAUGUAGAGAACAGCGGAAAGAUUUCGCGCAAGGAACAACUGGAAGCGUUUGAUAAGAUAGCAGCAGCAAGGCCGGUGGUAGAUGAGCUGCUUGAGAAGUAUGCCGCGGUGCUGACGCCAAGUGUGCCUGAUGAAGCGCCACUGGGUAUCGAGAAGACUGGCAGCGCGGCAUUUUGUUUGAUAUGGACGGCGCUGCAUACACCGGUGGUCAACGUGCCGGGCUUCAAGGGGCAGAAUGGCAUGCCGAUUGGCAUCUCGCUCGUGGCACCGCGAUACCAUGACAGACGGUUACUGGCAGUGAGCAAGGAAGUUGGAAAGAUAUUUGAGACCGAGGGUGGAUGGCAACGGUCGGUGUAGGUAGUUGGCUGAAUUAGUGUAUAUAGAUGG